AUGGACGAGUUAGGAGGCUCACGUGUUUACUCUAAGAUCGAUUUGCGAGCUGGAUAUCAUCAGGUACGAAUGGAUCCAUCUGAUAUUCAUAAAACUGCUUUUAAAACUCAUGAUGGACAUUACGAAUACUUAGUAAUGCCUUUUGGGCUUACCAAUGCUCCUGCUACAUUUCAAGGCCUCAUGAAUUCAGUGUUCCAAACCUUGCUACGGAAGUUUGUCCUCAUUUUUUUUGAAUCUCAUGUACACCACCUACGUCAAGUGUUUGAGCUGAUGCGAAAAAAUAGUUUGUUUGCUAAGCAGAGUAAAUGCAUUUUUGCUACAGAGAGAGUCGAAUAUUUGGGUCACUAUAUUGAGGCUCAAGGCAUCUCUACGGAUCCUACCAAGGUUCAAGCGGUUUCCAAUUGGCCAGUUCCCAAGAAUCUUAAGCAGCUAUGGGGAUUUCUGGGUUUGGCAGGAUAUUAUCGUCGCUUUGUUCGGAAUUUCGGGACAAUUGCACGACCCUUAACGACCUUAACAAAGAAAGAUUCGUUUGUUUGGUCUUCAGAAGCCCAAGAUGCGUUUGAACGUUUGAAACAUGCUUUAUGUGAAGCUCCAGUCUUAGCGUUACCGCUUUUUGACAAACCAUUUGUCGUCGAGACCGAUGCAUGUGGGGAAGGAAUCGGUGCUGUUCUGAUGGAAGAGGGACAUCCGUUAGCUUAUAUCAGUCGCCAUCUCAAAGAGCAGAGGCUCAACACACCAAUUCAGCAACAAUGGCUACCCUUACUGGAAUUUGAUUACGAGAUCCAGUAUAAACAGGGGAAGGAAAAUUUAGUUGCCGACGCACUCUCUCGGAUGGAAGGAUCGGAAAUUCUCAACAUGGCUAUGUCUGUCCUUGAAUGUGAUUUCUUACAGCAGAUUCAAGCUGGUUAUGAAACAGAUUUGAGUCUUAAGGACUUAAUUGCAGAGUUGAAGCUGAAACCGAAGGCAAAAUCUCACUACUCUUGGUCACAGAAUAUAUUGAGACGCAAGAGUAAGAUUGUUGUCCCUAUGAUUGAUAGCUUACAUACUACUAUAUUGGAAUGGUUACACUGUUCAGGUGCGGGAGGCCAUUCGGGUCGUGAUGCUACAAAUCAACGUAUUAAAGGGUUGUUCUAUUGGAAAGGAAUGGCUAAGGAUAUUCAAGCGUUUAUACGGAGUUGCACCGUUUGUCAACAAUGUAAGUAUGACUCUACUGCAUAUCCAGGUUUGAUUCAACCAUUGCCAAUCCCUGAAGCACUUUGGACUGAUAUCUCCAUGGAUUUUAUUGAUGGUUUGCCUAUAUCUUUUGGCCACACGGUGAUUUUUGUGGUGGUGGAUAGGUUGAGUAAGGCAGCUCACUUUAUUGCUCUUUUUCAUCCCUACACAGCCGCUUCUGUGGCGCAGGCUUUCCUAGACAAUGUGUUUAAACUCCAUGGUUUGCCUAAGUCUAUUGUUAGCGAUCGAGAUGCAGUCUUUCUCAGUGAAUUUUGGCGUGAACUCUUUAGCCUACAGGGUGUUGCUCUAAACUUUUCCUGCGCAUCUCAUCCUCAGAGUGAUGGUCAGACGAAGGUGGUCAACCGUUGUUUAGAAACGUACUUGCGUUGUAUGUGCAGCGAUCGUCCUGACUUGUGGAGCAAGUGGUUACCUCUCGCAGAAUAUUGGUACAAUACAAACUUCCACACUUCGACGCAAUUGACUCCUUAUGAGGCUGUCUAUGGACAAUUACCACCACAACACUUGCCUUAUCUUCCUGGUGAAUCGAACGUUGCUGUGGUCGCCAGGAAUUUACAGGAACGUGAGAAUAUGAUUUUGAUUUUAAAGUUUCAUCUCUUACGGGCACAACAUCGGAUGCAACACUUUGCAGAUCAACAUCGCACAGAACGUGGCUUUGAAAUUGGCGAUUUUGUCUUUGUUAAGUUGCAACCUUACCGACAGCAAUCGGUGGUUCUUCGUGCCAACAAGAAGCUAGCCCCAAAGUAUUUUGGUCCUUACAAGAUCCUCGACAAAUGUGGUCAUGUUGCUUACAAGUUGCAGCUACCAUCUUCAUCACAAGUUCAUCCUGUUUUUCAUGUCUCUCACCUAAAACUUCACAUAGGCGCUGCUUUAAAUUCUACACAUCUCCUAUUCAGCGUCUCUGAUGUCUUGCUCAAGGAACACGAGAGCAUUUUGGAGCGAAAGAUGGUCCAACGUCAAGGUCGUGCUGCAACCAUGGUUCUGGUCAAAUGGUCUCAUCUCCGUGCAGAAGAAGCUACGUGGGAGUUCCUUUUUGAUUUGCAGAAGAAGUUCCCCAAUUAG